UACAUUACUGAACAGAUGUUCAGUUUGAUGCUUUUGUUAUUGCUGUUGCCUCAGGGUAGUAUCAUACAUAAUAUUGUAUUACAUGGUGUAAAUCUGGAUUUGGGUGGUGCAUUAGUGCAAUCAGUAGUAUUGCUACAGCACAGCAAGACAUUUACUGGUUUGUUUCUCAAUUUGGUGCCUUCCGUGCAGUCGGCAUGUCUUACAUGUGUUCAUGUGACCUUUCUCUGUCAGGUUUCCUCCCACAUCCUAAAGAUAUGCAAUACUUGGACUGAUGACUCUAAAUUGUCAAGAUCACAACCACAAGUACCUUACAAAGAACAAGAUCAAAUGGACUGCUUUGUGAUACACUGGAGAUUUCUUACUGCAGUACUUAGCUGUUGCUUACUCAUUUCUGGGGGAAGUGCAGAAAAUGACAGUAAACCAAACAUCUUAUUGAUAAUGGCAGAUGACCUGGGUAUUGGAGAUCUUGGUUGUUAUGGCAAUGACACAAUAAGGACCCCUAAUAUUGACAGACUUGCAAAGGAGGGUGUGAAACUUACCCAGCAUAUAUCUGCUGCUGCAUUUUGUACUCCUAGCAGAACUGCAUUCAUGACCAGCAGAUAUCCCAUCAGAUCAGGUAUGGCUUCAGAAAGUUCUGUUCCUGUCAUCUUAUGGAAUGCUGCAUCAGGAGGACUGCCUAAUAAUGAAACCACUUUUGCAAAAAUUCUUCAGAAGCAGGGCUAUACAACGGGACUUAUAGGAAAAUGGCAUCUGGGUGUAAAUUGUGAGAACCGCACUGACCACUGCCAUCAUCCACUGUAUCAUGGCUUUGAUUAUUUUUAUGGACUUCCAUAUACGUUAGUCAGUGACUGCAGGCCUGGACUACCCAGUGAGAUUAUGCCUAAACUGCAAGAUGAACUUCUUUUUCUAAAUCAAGUGAUUGGCUUAGGACUUCUGUCACUUAUUCUUGGAAGACUUGCUGGCUUGCUUCCUGUUGGAUGGAAGGUAAUAGGAUUGCUUUCUUUCUGUGGGACUCUGUGUUUUCUUUCAUGGUAUAUUCCUUUUGGAUUGUUUCGACAAUGGAACUGUAUUAUUAUGAAAAACAAUGAUGUUAUUGAGCAACCUUUUGAGAUAGAAGAGGCUUCUAAUGACCUUCUACAAGAAGCUAUUAAUUUUAUUGAAAGGAACAAAGAGAGGCCAUUUCUUCUGUAUUUCUCAUUUAUGCAUGUCCAUACACCUCUGUCUGAAGACAAGAGAUUUGCUGGGAAGAGCAAAUAUGGGCAGUAUGGAGACACUGUGGAAGAGAUGGACUGGAUCAUUGGUGAGAUAACAGACUCUAUUAAGAGACUGUCUUUGGAAAAUAAAACAUUGGUUUAUUUUACAUCUGAUCAUGGUGGGCAUCUCGAAAGUAGGCAGAUGGGUAAACAAACUGGUGGCUGGAAUGGAGUGUACAAAGGUGGAAAAGGAAUGGCUGGAUGGGAAGGUGGUAUCCGCGUGCCAGGAAUAUUCAAAUGGCCUGGUGUAUUUCAGGCUGAAACAACCAUUAAUGAGCCCACAAGCCUUAUGGACAUUUACCCAACUGUAGUUAGUCUGGCUGGAGGGACUCUGCCUGAAGAUAGAACAAUUGAUGGUAGGAACCUAAUGCCUUUGCUGCUGGGAAGGACACAUCGCUCUGAGCAUGAAUUCAUGUUUCAUUACUGUGGAAGUUACUUGCAUGCAGUCCGUUGGCAUCCAAAGAAUAGUGAUGCUGUAUACAAAGCUCAUUACGUCACACCAAUAUUCAGCCCUGAAGGUGCAGUGGGUUGCUAUAACACUAGAUAUUGUAUGUGCUAUGGACCGGGUGUUAUGCAUCAUGACCCUCCUUUACUGUUUGACAUCUCAGUGGACCCAUCUGAGAUGCAUGUCUUGUCUCCACAAACUGAGCCAAAGUAUUACAACAUCAUAAAACAACUUCAAGCAGCAGUUGAAGAGCAUAACAACACAUUAACUGAUGUCCCUAAACAGAUGAGCUUCUACAAUGUAAUAUGGAAGCCAUGGUUACAGCCAUGCUGUGGUACAUUUCCAUUUUGUUCAUGCAGCAAAAACUCUGAAAUGCAUUCAGCUGAUGAUCCAAAUUAGUAAGUGUGUACCAAGUUAACCAUGUAUGUACCAGAAUUAUUACUUUGAAAAAAAAAAGAUCCAUAGACUGUCUUAUAUGAAACAGUGAUGUUGGUCCAAAAUACUUUUUUUCAGGUGCAAACUGGUCAAUCUGCAAGCUGUUUUUCUAGAUACAAAUGCUUGACUUUAACCUACAGCAUGCAUAUUCCAUUCACAAUGAGCAUUUCUAAAAGCAUCUAUCCAUGAUGUGCUUAGAAUAAUUUCAGCUUUGAUAUUACCCAGUGUGAAAAUAGAACAAAAAUAUCUCUUUUUUUUGCAGGUUGGAUCCAAAUAGAAUUACUGUAUACAUAUAUAUAUAUAUUGUUUUGUGGGGUUGAAAAGUCAUGAGGGCAAAAAAAAAAAAAAAGAAACUGCUACUUUAAUGUUUAUAUUUUCAAUUGUUGUGUUCCUGCCUUAUUGCAAAUGUACCUUGAGUUUGUACAAAGUUGUAUACAUUUUCAUUGAAAGCAAAUUUUGAUAGAUAUUAACCAGGAUGUAUGUCUCUCUCAGGCAAAGCAAUGUUUUUACUGACUGAAAAUAUUUUGGUGUAUUUCUGUGUGCAUGGGAAUGUCUGUUAUAAAGUCUAACAAGAAAGGAAAUCUAAGUGUUUUAGAGUUAACUUUGACUUCCAUUUUUGUCUGACAAAGUUUUGCUGUUUUGCGCUUAUUUGAAUGUUAUUAUUUACUAUUUCUUCUUUUAAUAAAGAAUUUUCAGAAGAAUGAA